AUGGCCUACAAGAUCGGUAUCCCAACCAUGUCCCUCGGCCGUCCCGGCCUCCACCCACUAGACGACAAGCUCCGCGUAGCCGCCCAGCACGGCUUCGAAGGAAUCGAGCUCUUCAUCGACGACCUCACACACUUUGCUCAACUGCGCUUCCAAAACUCCAUCCUCAAAGCCGCCACACACAUCUCCUCCGUCUGCAAAUCCCUCAACCUCACCAUCAUCUGCCUGCAACCCUUUGGCUUCUACGAAGGGCUCCUCGACCGCACACAGACCUCCUCCCUCCUCACCCAGAAACUCCCCCUCUGGUUCGACCUUGCCCGCAUCCUAAACACAGACCUCAUCCAGAUCCCCGCAAACUUCCUCCCCGCGGAUCCCGAGACGGGGAAACCGCGCACAUCAGGCGACUUCAACCUCAUCGUCUCGGACCUCCAGGCCAUCGCUGACAUCGGCGCCAAGCAGGGCUUCCGCUUCGUCUACGAGGCCCUCUGCUGGUCUACACACAUCGACACCUGGGAAGCAGCCUGGGCCGUUGUCCGGGCCGUCGACAGACCUAAUUUCGGCUUGUGUCUUGACACGUUCAACCUCGCUGGCCGCAUCUAUGCGGAUCCCGCGGAUCCCUCUGGGAAGACGGCCACAGCAGAUGCAGACCUCACCAAGUCCCUGCAGUUACUGCGAGACUCGGCUCGCUCCGGCGAGCUUGAUAUAAGCAAGAUCUUCUACAUCCAGCUCGUUGAUGGAGAGAGACUAUCCAAGCCUCUGGACUUAACGCACCCGUUCCAUGUGGCCGGUCAGCCGACGCGGAUGAACUGGUCGCGGAAUGCGAGGUUGUUCCCGUGCGAGGAGGAUCGCGGCGGGUAUCUGCCUGUGUUGAGGAUUGCGGAGGCGUUUUUUGACAUUGGGUUCACCGGGUGGGUGUCGUUGGAGUUGUUCUCGAGAACGUGUGCGGAUAAGGACCCGCGCGUUCCUGGUGAGCAUGCGGAGAGAGGGAUGGAGAGUUGGAGGAGGGUUGUUGCGGCUUUAGGGUUGGGAGUUGAUGUCCCUUCCCCAGUAGUGUCCGCUGACAGUAAGAGGGUGACGAUGUCGGUAGAAGAGGUUGCUGUUCAGCAUCGGUUGUAG